AUGAUUUUUUUUUCAAGUCAUGGUGUUAUAAAACUUACCUUCUUUUUAUUUUUAUCUUUUCCAAUAAUUUCUUCUUAUAAUGCUAUAUAUGACAAUAAUAUGGUUAUGGUAGACAACAAAGGAUAUGGAUCUAUUGACAGUAUACCCUAUUAUGUUUCAAAUAAUAAUGAUUAUCAAAAAGUUACCAAAAGAAGACUGGUAGUUCGUGUACCUUUUGGUCGUAAUCCUGCAAGAGGUCAACUAUCCAGAAUGUUUAAUUCAUUUCAUAAUGUUAAAGAUAAGAAGAUGUAUUCAGGAGUAAAAGAUUUUUUUUACUAA